UCUCAGUGUGACAGAUGCCGUUGACGAAGACGCACGUGUGUUCGGAUUAAAGAUUUGCCGCGUUUUUAGCGUGAAUAAACGAAAUCGUAAUUUUAACUGAGAAGUGUUAAAAAUUGUGAUGCACGAUACUAUUAGAUAUGUGGUGAGAAUAACUGUAGUGACCAUCUUUUAUUACACAAUAUUAAGCGUGUGCAGGGAGUUCAAAAAAUAUUGGACUGGUGUGGAUACAUCCUUUUGAAACGCAGCAUUUUUAAACAGCAGUAAAUAAAUAAACAACAAAAUGACAGAAAUGUCAAAUUUAUCAGACAUCAGCUCGAGCGAGGACCCGGGGGUGGAGCUUAGUGAAUUGUCAAAAUUCUCGCCAGCACUGCUGACAUUCGCGGCUGUUAUAACUGGAUUCAUUAUGGUCAUUGGACUAUUCGGGAACCUACUCACGGUGGUGGCCCUACUCAAAUGUCCUAAAGUGAGAAAUGUGGCCGCAGCCUUCAUUAUAAGUUUGUGCAUCGCGGACUUCUUAUUCUGCGCCAUGGUGCUUCCAUUCGCCAUAUCCGGCUUUUGGACACGGACCUGGUCCCACGGGGGCGCUUUAUGUCAGCUGGUGCCGUUCUUGCGGUACGGGAAUGUAGGCGUGUCACUGCUGAGCAUCGCUCUAAUUACGCUGAACCGGUACAUAAUGAUCGCGCACCACAGUUGGUACGGACGCGUGUACCGGCGGCACAACAUCGCCCUCAUGAUCGUGUUCUCGUGGCUCUUCUCGUAUGGAAUGCAGACACCGACCCUCAUCGGCGUUUGGGGCAAGUUUGACUACGACCCAGAACUGGGCACGUGCUCCAUACUGCCUGACGCUAACGGUAGAUCUUCGAAGACAGCUCUCUUCAUAAUCGCCUUCAUAGUGCCAGCCAUGCUCAUCUUCAUAUGCUACGCCAGGAUAUUCUGGGUCGUCCAUAGCUCAGAACAACGAAUGCGUGAACACCAAAGAUCUCAGCACAGUCCCGGCUCGCUGAACAAUAGCUCCGACAAGCGGUCUACGAUAAAAGAUAACAGAGAGACGAAGGCCAGACGCAACGAGUGGAGGAUCACUAAGAUGGUGCUGGCGAUCUUUCUGUCCUUCCUCGUGUGCUACUUGCCCAUAACGAUCGCGAAGGUCGCCGAUAGCCACGUACAUUAUCCUGUGUUCCACAUCGCGGGCUACCUGCUGCUAUACGCGAGCGCCUGCGUGAACCCGAUCAUCUACGUGAUAAUGAACGCGCAGUACCGCGCAGCGUACGCGGCGGCACUGUGCUGCCCCCUGGCGCGGCUGCCGGGGCUCACCAGCGAAAUGGAACGAGCGUCACGGGUACAGCUACAGCAACACGCGAACGGCACUCAGCCAAGUGUCACUGGGCGAGUCGCGAGCAGACCCGCGGGCCGGGCCCGGGGGGGCCAGGUAGACCUCAGCCACGACCUCAGAGAGACACCGAGCAAAGCUGCACCGAACUCAUCCCCAACGCUGCCGACUAAAUCUACAGAAACUACGCUCACUCCCAACUCACACUCCUCACGGAACACACAUAAAGACGCAAAACCGCCGCGAGACUUACUUACGAAAAAUGCCGAUUCCAAAUCAACAUCAGCAUUACCAAAGCCGAGAGGAUCGCCAUUCACGCACGAGCCUAGGCGCCCAGCGAGAAACAAAAGCCAAUCGACGCGGGAAAUCAAAGCUUUCGGUUCAUCCAGGAGUAUUAUAGCUCCAAAUGCGAGCGGCUCCCUCCAAAACGUAGCCGGGAAGACCGGAUCGUUGAGGAGCAUAGGGAAAACCAGUUCUCAGAACAGCAUCGGCCCCAGAAUCAGGUUUAAAGACAGCUGUGACGUGAGGAUCGAUGAGCAAACUAACAAUUAGUGACUUGUCGCUUGUUACUAAGACGAACCAAAGAUUUAGCAUUUCCAGUACGAUACCAAAUAAGUAUUUGAGCAAUACGUUGAAGCUUUAUUGUGAUAAGUUAUAUACUCAAAUCUCAUUAAUGGUUUGUUUACUAUAACGGCAUCAGGGGUAAAAAAGGCUGCUUUCAUUUUGCGCACGUUUAAUCGAUGAUCAUACAAAAAUUACUACUAACCACGGAGACCCGAGCGGGCAAUUUUAGUAUGAAACCGCGCGGAGCUCCGCUUAAUGUAGUUUUAGCCUUAACUGUGGUAGUCUCAAAAGAGUUGCUAAACUAACAUUACAUUAACGGAGAACAAUAGUAAAACCCAAUGUUUUAAUAUAAUUCUGAGCCACUGUAAACUAUAAUAAUAUAAAUUAGUGUGUUCGAGAUGAAGAGCUAUAAUUCGUCGUUGUACUUACAAUGGAAUCCCAGUACUUAAAUGAAAAUUAGUUGAUAAUACAAAUUGACUCAGUUUUUUUAUGUGAUAAUAUACGUAUCCAUGAAUCCAUUGUGUACAGAAAUUAAUGUCACAAUAAUGGAUUAAUGGAAAACAUUAACUUAUUUUCGCAGACAAAAAACUGAGUCAAUUCAUAUUAAUAACUCAUUUCUAUUUAGUGGGUUUUCACUGUACAACGACGAAUUUCAAUAUUAGUUUUAAUUAUUAAUUUUAUUAAAUUGACACGUUCUAUAAUCCGUCCUAUUAAUGAGCGACAAGUAUACUAUAUUAAUGUAGUUUUAUUGAUUAAGUAAAGAUCUUAAUUUUUACCUGUUCUGAGAAAUAUUAUCUAAGUAUGUUGUCUGCCAAAAGAAUGGUUUUUAUACGAAAUAAAUAAAAUGUUAAAUUCAUUCCAUUACCGAUAGUCUGACAAAGAUACUGAUUACUACUUAAGAGUGUAAAAAAUAUAUUUAUUUUAUAGUGAUACACAUUCCAAAAUAGUAUUAAGUUUAUUCUAAUAUGUUGACCAAAGAUUACAAUUUUAAUUUAUGCAGGCUGUUUCGUGUUUUUGUCUUAGUAGGUAGGACCAAAUUAUUGUUAUGUAAUUUUACCUAUGUAUUUUAUCCUAUAAUUUGGUACAGCCUUAAAUACAAUUAGGCGAUAAUGCUAAGAAAAGCCGUUCAAUCUAUUGAUGCCUAUUAAGCGAACAUCUCUCUUAUCGCUUCGUGUUAAAUGCUUCCUUCAAGUUUGUUUUCCUUUAAAUGUUUUCUAUAAUUACUUCUUUACUUCGCACGGAUCCAUCUCUUGAAUUUUUUCUUGGACAUUAUCACCCUAUCGACUCUUAUGACCGCCAUAGAAGUUCAAGUAAUUUGAUCGAUACGUACCUACAUAUUGAUUUCAUUUCAUCAAGUACAGUUUCAUCAGAAUGAGUUGUCAAUUGGCAUGAAACUGUUUGAAACAGCCCGUUUGAUCAAAGUUACUUGAACGUCUAUGACAGUCAUUACGAUACCAAAGCAAUGAAUAAUGAAAUGCACUUUAAAGAUAGUGCUAUCCCUUUCUUGCUUUAAUAAUCGCAUUUGUAUCAUGACAUAAUGCAAGUUGAUUUAUUUAGUCCACAGUCAAUUAUUGUUAUGAAAAUAAAUGAAUUGAUAUUUUGUAAUAUAAGUACUAGGUACAAUAUUCAGUUGAUAUUUGAAUUUACUUCAUAAAAAAUUACAGUAUUUUAAUAAAGUAAAAUUUAUUUGAAAUGCCAUAAUAUUGUAUAGAUAGAUGUCUUAAAAUAAUGUUUUGUUGUCAAAUUAUUUCAAAAAGAAUAUUUUAAAAGUAAGAAAGUAGGUAAGUAGUAGGUAGAUAUUUUAUUUGUGUGAAUAAAGUAUUUAUUGUU